UCUCUCUCUCUCUCUCUCUCUCCGUCUUUUUCUUACUAUUUUUUUCCCCUCUCUCUCUCUCUCUCUCUCUCUCUUCUUCCUGCUUCGAGAGCUCGAGAGAUUCUCUCUCCUCUCUCCUUCUAGCCAUGGCGAUGGCGUUCGAGGGCUUCUCCAUACGAGAGUACGCGGCGAAGAUGAGGAGCGUGGACGAGAGCAAAUGCUGGCCCUUCGACGGGGACGGGGACGAGAGGGGGCUGCCGCCGAUGCCGGCGAGGAAGUUCCGGUGGUGGUGCGACGAGCUCGCCGCCUUGGGAUCGGGGGCGCGGGGGGCGGCGCCGGAGGUGGAGGAGGAGGGGAGGGCGCAGGGGAGGCCGAGCUCGGCGCGGGCGAAGCAGCGGGCUCCGAAGAAGCGGUCGAUCGUGGAGCUCUUCGCGGUGGCGCCGCAGAUCGAGGCCGUGGGAGACGAGACCGAUGGGAGCGAUGGAGAGGGUCGCGGCUGCGAGGGGGAAGAGGAAGAGGAAGAGGAAGAGGAGGGAGGAGGAGGAGAAGCGAACGAAAGAGGAGGAGGAGGUGGCGGCGGUGGUGGUUCGUGUGGCGGAGGCGAAGGCCACGGUUGCGAUGAGAGGGUUUCCGAGGUGGUGAGGAAGAGGAAGGAGAGGAGGAAAGGAGAUGGGAAGGGGGAGAAGAUGAUGAGAAAGAAGAGUUGGAUGAAGAUUAGGAACAGGAAGAAUAAGAAGAAGCAACGGCUCCAGAUCAAAAUCUGCAUAGCUAAAAAGGAAAAAAUGCGCAAGCCAAAACUAUCACCUCCUCUUGAUAUUUCUCAUUUACUUCAAGACACACUGUAUAAGAAAUUGUUCAAAAAAUCUAUCAGCAGUUCCAUUCAUACCCAAAAAAAGAAACCACAAUUACUCAAAGAUCUAUUUCAGAAACAGAAUAUAAGGAAAAUUCAGAAUACCAAGUCAGCUAUCAAGAAUCAGAAGGCAGAACCAAAGGAUGUUCCUGUUCAUAGCAUUCUCAAAAAGAAAAAAAGGAGCUCUUCUGUGAAAAAAGCAGAUCUAAUUGACAACAUGGAGGAUGGCUAUUCCAAAAAACCUUGCCUCGAAGUGAAAAAGCAUGUCACUUUUUCAGGCAAAGAUGACAUAUUUGGUAAUAGCAAGAGCCCUUCUUCCAAUGAGUUGUCUCACUUGGAAAGCCCCGGUAAAAUAUCCUCAGAUGUCUCGGCUGCAUCAAAAACUAGAGAUGAGGCAACUGACCAGGGUGAUAAACUUCCUUCUACUACUGAGAAGGCUCAGAUGGCUAAUGAAACUGGAAUAGAUGUUGCAUCAGAGGUCGUGGUGAGGGAGGUUAGUUCUAUCCCAGAAAAGACACAGCCAAAUGAUGCUUACUCUCAUAAAAAUAACUGUCUUGACAAAAGGAAGACAUUCUUGGGUGAAUCUGUUGACCUGAAUCAUGCCGUGCAGAGCUCUAGCACUUUGAAUUGUUUGAACUUUGGCACUUCAACUUCCUCAUCUAGUCGCCUGUACUCUGACGAAGUACCUGCUUUAAAUUCUUAUACUAAAGAAGGAUCAAAAUCUGGUGCUGGAAUUCAUGCACAAGAAUGCUUUCAUUUGACUUUAGAUGGUAGACAAUUGAUGCCUCUACCUAUUAGUUCGAGGUCUGAGACAAGUUCAUGGGUCAUAACCAGUAAUGUGAUCUCACAACCUUCAGCAACUGGGAAAGAAAGAGGCUCAUUUGGUACAGCAAAAAUGAACACUUGCGCCCAUAUAAUGAGCAGCAUCUCCUCCUCAACAGGAUCAAACAAGUCUCUGGAUACAAUUCUAAGUACCGAGCGUAUGUCUUCUUGUAGGAGCUUUUGCUUCAAUGAUGAUUAUGUUGGUCUUCCUCUGAACUCACAAGGAGAACUUAUCAGGAUGAAUUCAAAGGGCCACUUUGAUCAUAGUGAGCUCUUUAAACAGCAGGACACACGAAAAGGUUCUUCUGGUACUUUUUCUGUUCCGAAUCUUGUUAAGUGUAAAAAUAUCUUGGAUCGUACAAGUGCGAGAAGGAAGAAAUCUGGUGAACCAUUGUAUAAUACAGAGCAUUUUAGAUGGUAUCCAGAAUUUCAGUAUUCUCCUGGUGCACCAGUAACAUCGGGAGUAGGUUUUGUGCAGUUGCCUGACUUCAGAAGAAUGGGAGUUAAAAGUAAAGGACAGUUUGGACAAUAUCCAAUGGAUGUCUCUUGCAAUGGGUGCAUGGAACGUGUUUGUCAAGCUCAAAACUUGAGCAGUGGUCAGAAGUUUCAAAUAGAUGGUUAUUUGGGCCAGGAGAUUCAGCAUUCAGCCCAACCAACAAUGCGUUUGAUGGGUAAAACUGUUGCAGUUGGUAAAAGCAGUGAAGAGUGCAGAGACUUAGAUGAUGGAAGGAUAUGGACUGACAAGGAAAUCAUAGCUGAAGAGUGUCACCCUGGAAGAAUGAACAAUAAAGAGUUUCCAUAUCUAAUGACCCAAAAAGAAGUUCCAUCAAGCAUGUAUCGUGCUCCAGCUGUCGAACUAAGGUUUGAUCACGUGCAUUUUGAUAAUCAACCACAAAGGAUAUCGAGAAGUCACGUUUCUUCAUCCUUUGGAAACCCUACCAGACUGAACAAUUAUAGUCAGUCUACUCAUCAGUCAAUGCUGAAUAACUCCAUGACCUCCUUGAAUUCGGUAACAAGGUACGAGGAAUUGGGGCAUCGGGCACCAUUUCUUGAAACCUAUCCUCAAGAUGUUAAUCAGAGCGUGCUGCUGAAUUCUACCCACUGCAAACACAGCCAGAGCCUUUUAUUUAGUACUUCAUCAACUUCUGAUCCAUAUAAGAAGUACAAGAGUUUCGUAGAAACAUCAUCUGCUCAAUCUUCAUCGUGUUUUCCACAAUGGCUGAUAAAUUCAGAUCUGCAGAAGAGAUCUCAGAAAUCCUCUUUCUUAUCUUUUUCUGAUCCCCCUAAUGUUCAUCAUCCAUAUUCUGUCACUACGACAAACCUCCCUUGCUUAUCUUCGGGAUACCCCCCAUCAGUUGUCUCUUUUCCUGCCUAUGAUACCUACAAUCAUCGGCCCAGCGGCUUUAGUCCGUUAGUUUACCCUUCUUAUAUCCAAUCCUAUCCUGCUGCCAGACCUAAUUAUUCAGUCAGUUCUGCCAAUAGAAGCAAAUUGAAGAGCAGGAAUGAAAUGAAAUCUAAGUUUACCUUGAAUGACUUGGAUAAUACUAACAGAAGUAACAAAAGGCCUGCCGCUGAGGAUGAUGAGUUAUUUAGACCUGCAAAGAAGCCUCAUCUCACACUGCAGGAGGAUCUGAAUGGGCCAGUGGGGCUGAGGGAAAAAGAACAAUUAAAUAGUCAUACUCCAAAUGGUACAGGUACUGAAGAAAAGUUUGAUUCUCAUACUAAGAAUGGUGAAAUUUGCCCUCAGUCUCUGAACGAUGGCAAAAAUGAAACAGGAAAUGCCGGGGUCUCAAGUCUUGAUUGUGUGAGAAGAUCGGGGCCUCUGAAAUUGAGUGCAGGAGCAAAACACGUACUGAAACCAAGUCAAAACACGGAUCUGGACAAUUCUAGGCCAAUUCAUUCAACUAUACCAUUUCCUGUUGGGACCAGUUGUAAUACUGUUCCCGUGCCACAGAACAAGGCGACAAAAAUUUACAGAUUCUAGUUGGACCUGACCCCAUUCAACAGAGGUUUCUGAAUGGCGGUUCUUCAGCUGUGGCACUUUCAUAAUGACUAUCUCUGCAUGAACACAGAUUUUUGGUGAAUGGAAUCACUUAAAGUGAAGGAGAUAUAUUGGUUUCUUUUGUGGGUAAAAUGGUUAUUCGAGUAUGUAUGACAUUGUAUUUUAUGAGUAUCCACGUAAGGGCUUUUUCAUGUGACUGUUGCAAGAGUAUUUGCAACUUCACGAUAAGGUAUGCAAAUCUACUAAUUUCUUUAUAGUAAGCAUAACUAUAUCUUCUAAGUUGUCUCAGUAAGUUGAUGUACAUAUCUAUCAUUUGUGUACUUGUGUAUAUCUGUCUAGCAAUCUAUAUGCCAUAUAUACAUCUCUAGUAUGAUAGGAGUUUGGCAUCUUGACAUUCGCCACACAGUGAGACAGUCCCUGCUCUUAUAAGGAGCUACAAUUUGUCCUUGAUUCUCUCUCUCCUAAGCAGGUUAGUCAGGGUAAAUAGAAAGAUCAAGUCACAUAUAUUUCUCUUUAGAUGUUAUUCUUUCAGUGUACUUGCUGAUCUCUAACAUUAGAUUACAUCUUUUGAGCUUGACAUAUAUAAGAAACUGCAACCAUUGAAUUUUGAUCUGGCUUUUCAUGCUAUGGUGCAACAAAGUUGUAAUUCAUUUGUUGUGUCUGAUGCCUAUCACGAUGUAUUUUUUUUCAUUUAUAUAAUUUGAUUUUUUCUUUCUGCUCUUUUUGAUAAUGUUUACAUAACUUGUCACAUGUUUGAAUGAAUGGCUGAGGUGCUUCUGUUACAACACUAAAGCAGACACUAUUGUAUAUUUUCUUAUAAUUACUUGUAAUACUUUGGUGCUACUUGUCCGUCUAUGGUUAAAUCUGAGUUGUAACUUGUAAGUUGCUUUACUGUUGUGAUUUUCAAAGCAUUCGAGUGAAUACUGUUUUGGCUUA